UGCAUUGAAAUGAAAGAUGUACAAGAUGCAAAUCGUUUACUGAAUGAAAGAAUUCUACCUGACCAGGAAUUACUUGAUCGUGGUUCAGAAGUAUUUGGUACUUCUUCGAAAAUUGUGCAGAACAUAUGCGCUGCUAUUUGCUGUUACAUGAAAGAAAACUUUCUUCAUAUUAACCACGUCUGCCCUGCGCUUGACUAUAGACACGAGUUAAGCAACAAACAGAUCACAUUUGUUAUCUACAGAGCACGUCCUCAUGAGAAUGAAGCAUUUGAAUAUCGGUAUUAUAUAAGGCAUAUUAAUGAAAUAUCAACGACUUGUUCAGAAGAAAAUGAAUUUAUUAGAGAACUUGAACAAGACGUCACUAAAGAAUACGCCAAAAAGAGAAAAUUGUAGAAUACUUAAACAAAAGUUCAAAAUCCCUUAUGGAACAGCACACAAAUCUCACUAGAGUUUCUAUUGGUUGGUUUAAAUCAAAGGGAUUUGGAACAAAACAUCAGAAUAUAACACAGAAGACUUGCAUCGUUUUGUAUGUGCAGGUAAAAGGGUUUGUUCCCUUAAAUGAGACCGCUUUACCGGAAGUAAUAGAUGAAAUUGAUGUCGAUGUACGUGAAUUCGUUGUCUUGCCGUAUACAUUUCCUAACGAACACCACGAACAUAUUAAAAUGGGUUGCGCUAUACAUGGCGGAUUGAGGAACGCACAAGGGCGAUUUCUUGGGGAAACGCUUGGCGGGUUCUUUGAAGUAGGUAGGGAGAUGUAUUGUAUUACAAGUGCUCAUAUUUUUAUGUCUCCAGCAGACAUGAGUAAAUUGAAACAGUGUGGGAAAUUCUGUGACCUAGGCCCAGGAAAUGAUAUUGAAACGUUUGAAGCUCACCAACCAGUUGUAGAAGGAUCAAGAUCGUUUGGUAGAGGGGUGCGUGCUGUUUAUAAAGAAGGCGGCAAUGGCGAAACUGGAGUAGAGGCAGUGGUAAUUAAAGUACAGACAGAUUUCCCGUUUCUGGAGAGUUUCCAGCAUGUCCAUAUCGUAGAAAUCCGGGAAUCGACCGUCCAAACUUUUCAACUGGGAAAAUGUGUAAUCGAGAAGAAGUAAAUAGACUAAUUAGAAGUAAAACACUUACGGUUGUAAAAUUUGGUUGCUCAUCAGGUUGGACAAGAGGAAGUUUUCGAUUUUCUGCUGGAGCGGCAAGAUUAAGCAAUAUGGUAGGAACGAUUCAUAAUUUUGGAAUUUUAUUACAUAAUCAAUUCGAGAUAGAGAAUAUUGGAGAAACACAUUUCGCUGAAUUUGGGGAUUCUGGUGCAUUAGUAUUUACUGAUGAAAACAACGAGCUUUCAGUUAUAGGUAUUGUUGAAGGUGGAACACCAGGCGUUAUAUAUGUGACACCAAUUUGUGAUGUGUUUUCAGCUUUGGAAUUGCAAAAUGUACAAAGCACGAAGGAAUUCACAUUGCAUUACCAAGACAUACAAAAUAUACCAAUGGAAAUUAGAUCGGACUCGUAUUCAUCACGGGCUAUAACAGAUAGAAGUGAUACAGGAAUAUCGACAAACGACGACGCUGUUCUUAAACAUAUUGAAGAAAAAUUUAAGACAUUUGAUCAGGAAAUAACACAAGAGGUCGCCAGGCAUGUACAUGAAUUAAAACAAAACAUGAACACUAGAGUAAAUCAAGAGUUACGUCCUGUAAAAUCUGAAUUAAACACGCUAAAGGCAGAAGUAACUUCUCUUAAAUCCGAUAUCACGGCAAACAUUAAAUCGGAAGUAGAAAAAACAAAGUCAGAGUUGAAGCAGGAUAUAGAUAAAUCAAACACCGAAAUUCAGAGCAAAAUGAAUGAUAUGCAGGAACAAUUUAAAGUGCAGUUGCAGGAGCAAACUAAUUCUAUAAAGAACAUGCUUUCCGAAUUAUUUCGGCUAAAUCCUGCGGCAAACGCUUCGGAUACCAAUUCUACAUAAAAGAUCUUCAUAUUAUAUUUACUGGCAUGUUCAAUAUUUCUUUGUAUUGGAAUCCUGUUUUUGCUUUAGAGAGAUACUUUAAAGUUCCAUAAGGCUCUUAAGUUUAUGUUAAAACAGAUAAUGCUGCUGUCCAAAUAGAAACUUCACAUAAUUAAAUACUAAGAAAAUGUUACUAUCAAUAUUACACAUGAAAUUAUGAAGUCAAUGUGGUCACAAAAGGAGAUAAUCAAUACAGUGCAUUUUAUCGUACUUUCUAAUAUGUUAAUCAGAUAUUAAAACCUAUGAAAAAUCCAUGAGAAAACAAUUAUCAAACAUUGGAUUUAACAAGAAAAUAAUGUAUUUUAUGUUCAUAACAAAAAAUGAGGCCGUCACAUUUUAAUCAAAGGGAUUAUUUAAAAGAUAAAGACAACCGGAAUGUCAGUAUCUUCCACGUAAAUGCAUAUAGGCAUUGCUAGAGAUUCUGAAGAACCAUCUUUUAAAGGAGUCAUGCAAAUACAUCUACUGUAGUUUUAACAGGCAACAAAAUGUAUAAAGUAUUGAAGUUCGUAAUUUGAAGCUCGUUCUCAAAAAUAAUAAAUGUAACAGUCAAAAGGAGAGCUCACUGGUUCACACUCAAAUUUCAGUGUUGAAAAGCAUUAACAAUAACUGUUCUGAGCUUAAAACUUGUUGUAAUAUUAAUGACACAUGGUUAUUUAUCUGACCAGUCUCUUGCUGUAGUGAGUUUUGAGUCAUUUGCUAACUUCAUUUUUGUUGUGACUGUCUCCUGAAACACUGCUUUUAUAUCUAAUAUAUUUUUGUUACACAUUUCACGAAUUAAAUAAUU